CCCAGACUGAUAGUCCAGCUAGCACGUCACUGCCCUGUGUUACUGUAUAGAGAGUAAUUAUAAAAAGGAAAUUUAGUGGUGUUACGUGAAUAGUGGAAAUUUGCAUAUAAAUGAAAUAAUAAUAAUUGAAAAACAUAUGAUUUUAAUGGUUUCUGGAAUAUGGGUGUGAAGUUACGUUUAACAUGUGAUUAAGCGAGAAACAACCAAGGUGUCAAACCUAGGAGUCGGUAAUUAUAUGCAAAUGACGUCACUAGAACACAUUGAAUAUCCUGCCGGGUCUAGCUAUACGUUGUCGGAGGCUUGAGGCUCUCUUCACAGGACCUCCAGGUGGUCUGCUGCUACACUGGAACUCUGGAUGCUGUAAUGCUGUAAUUAGCGAACUACAGAAGGGCUGAGGUCGCCGGGUAUCUGCUGAAGACUCGACAUCCCUCUCGUCCUGGAAAGUCUGGUUUAAUCUGGAUUGGUCUCACCAAUCGUCGUUGCAGAUCACAGCUGGCGCUGCCCUCAGAUGUCUGGAACCACUACGUGAUUUGCAAUGGGGAAAAAGAAUAAGAAGAAAUCUAGUACGAGCCAAGAACCAGCACAACAACAGCAACAACAACAACAGCAGCAGCAGCAGCAGCAGCAGCAGCAGCCGCAGCCGACGCCACCACCUGCAGUUAAGCCAGAAGAGCAUCCACCUUCAGGUGAUACCCAACCAAAAACUUCAGGAGGAAAAAAACAAAAGAAAAAUGUUAAGCAAUUAAGUGAAUUGCUACAACCAGCUGUGGUACAACACGAAUCACAGCCAACAACUGCAGGACAGCCUGAAGGAUUCCAACAGCAACAGCUGCAUACUCCAGUAGAGGGACAACUGCGUCAGGAACCACCAGGCCUUCAUCCACUAUCACAACAACAGCGAGGGCCACCAGGCUUCCAGCUUCUAUGUCAGCAACAAGUACCACCAGGUUUGCAGUUACCAGAUGUACAACAAACCCCCCUUAGUAGCCAUGAACGUCAGGCACAACCACCUCAAACAGCAUGGGGUCAAAAGAGAGAAGUUCCACCAGGUAUUCAAGGGCAGCAGCAACAAGGACCACCAGGUGGGAGAGGACGGGGACAGCAGAGACAAGUAUCACCAGGUGUUCAAGGGCAGCAGCAACAAGGACCACUAGGUCUUCAAGAGCAGCAGCAACAAGGACCACUAGGUCUUCAAGAGCAGCAGCAACAAGGACCACCAGGUGGGAGAGGACGGGGACAGCAGAGACAAGGACCACCAGGUGUUCAAGGGCAGCAGCAACAAGCACCACCAGGUAUCCGAGGGCAGCAGCAACAAGGACCACUAGGUCUUCAAGAGCAGCAGCAACAAGGACCACCAGGUGGGAGGGGACGGGGACAGCAGAGACAAGGACCACCAGGUAUUCAAGGGCAGCAGCAACAAGCACCACCAGGUAUCCGAGGGCAGCAGCAGCAGCAAAGACCAGCAGAUGGCCUGGGGCAGCAACAUGGGCCACAAACACAGCAGAAACAACCUUCUCAGCCUGCAGUUCCUGCUGCACGACAACCACAACCAAAAGUUGAUGCUACGAUAGUAACGAAAGGUGUAAGAGCUUUGAGUUUAAAAGUACCACCACGUACCAAUAUUCGUGGAGGAGGUACUAAGGGAAGAAAGACCAUAAUAGAGACCAAUCACCUUGCACUGGAUAUCAGUAAAGCCAGAAACAAUAGAAUCAUCCAUUAUGAUGUGGCAAUAGAUCCAGACAAGCCAAAGAGGCUGAUUCGAUUCGUGAUGGAGCAGUUUCGUGUAGACAAUUACCCUGAUAGAUAUCCUGCUUUUGAUGGAAAGAAAAAUCUGUAUAGCUCAGGAUAUUUACCUUUUCAGACACACACAUCAGGAAAUGUCGUUAUACAAGAUGAAGAGAGUAGAAAUCCAAAAGAAUUCAAAGUAACUAUAAAUUUUGCUAACAUGGUUAACUUAGACCAGCUAAAAACUUACAUGCAACAAGGUAACUCACAGGAUACUCCAAUGGAGGUGAUUCAGGCAGUUGAUAUUGUUCUUCGUGAAGCAUCAGCAUCUUCUAGGAGUUUUGUACAGGUUGGGCGGUCUUUCUUCACACCACCAUCAGAUCAACUUAUAGACCUUGAAGAAGGCUUGGAGUUAUGGUAUGGGUUUUACCAAAGUGCUAUUUUAGGGUGGCGACCAUUUGUAAACAUUGAUGUAGCACAUAAAGGUUUUCCCAAACAUCAGAAUGUUGUACAAUUAAUUGGUGAUUUAUUUCGUUGUGACCCUAGAAGCCUGCAGGCAUUAAACACAUAUCAAAUUGAUGACCUAAACAAGUACUUAAGAACACUCAAAGUAGAUUAUGAACUACCUACUCAGCCAAACACAAAGAGAUGUUACAGAGUUAACAAAGUGGUUGAUUCACCACGUAGGUUGAAAUUUAAACUUGAAAAUGGCCAGGAAAUGACUGUUUUUGAGUAUUUCAGACAGGAAAAGAGAUUGAAUUUGCAGUUCCCAGAUUUACCAUGUCUUCAUGUGGGAUCACCAAAUAGGCCAAACCCUAUAUUUUUACCAGUAGAACUCUGCACAGUAAGAAGUCAAGUGAUUGUUCGUAAAAUGACUGAAAAUCAAACUUCUAACAUGAUAAAAGUAGCUGCAACCAGCGCAGAUAGACGAAAAUCUAAGAUUAUGGAUGCAUUGAGGAAAGCAGGAUUCAACAGAUCCAGGACAGUUCAGGAAUUUGGAUUCUCUGUUAGUGAUCAGUUUGAAAAGAUUCCAGCAAGAAUAUUGGAUGCUCCACCAUUGGAAUACAACAAACAAGUUGAGAGACCAAUGAAAGGUGUGUGGCGAGCAAAGCCUUUCUUAAACGGUUCAGAGCUUUCAGACUGGAUAAUACUUAAUUUGAAUAAUCGUUAUAUUAGAGAAGAUCAGCUGAGAAGUUUCUGUACUGAAAUGAAAAGGACAGGUGAAAAUUUGGGCAUGAGAAUUGGCCCAUCUCGAUCACCUUGCUCUGUUGAUUGGCAGCCUCGUGAGAUGCAGCGUAAGCUGGAAGAAUAUUUGCAGCAAGUUAAAGGUAUCCAAUUGGUGGUAGUGGUGGUUCCUGAUAGAGGUGAUGUCUAUGCCAAGGUUAAACAGACAGCAGAGCUGCAGGUAGGUGUUCUAACUCAGUGUGUUAAAGCCCGUACCAUGGGUCGAAUGAACCCUGCGACUGUCAGCAACAUUCUCCUAAAAGUUAAUUCCAAACUGAAUGGUAUCAAUCAUACCCUACAUUCCAGCGCAAAACCCCCGUGUUUGUUGAGGCCAGUAAUGAUAGUAGGAGCAGAUGUUACACAUCCUUCUCCGGACCAAAAUGACAUACCUUCAGUUGCUGCAGUCUGUGCAAGUCAUGAUCCAAAAGCAUUUUGUUACAACAUUCAAUAUAGACUGCAAGGGCCUCAUGAAGAGAUUAUAAAGGACCUUGAAAACAUAAUGAAGGAACAUCUUAAGUUUUUCUUCAAGCGGACUAAAGGUUAUAAGCCAGAGAAAAUAAUCUUCUACCGUGAUGGUGUUAGUGAAGGACAGUUUGCCCAAGUUCUGAAUGAAGAACUGCAAGCAAUCCGGCGUGCUUGUCAAUCCAUGAGUUCAGAUUAUCAGCCACAAAUUACCUUUUUGGUGGUACAGAAAAGGCAUCAUACACGUUUCUUUCCACUAAAACCAGAAGACUUUGAUGGAAGAAAUAACAAUGUGCCUCCAGGUACUGUGGUAGACAUGGAAAUAACACACCCGACAGAAAUGGAUUUCUAUCUUGUGAGUCAUGCCAGCAUUCAAGGAACGAGUCGACCUACCAAGUAUCGUAGGUUGUGGGACGACAGUAAUAUGUCGGAAGAUGACGUUGAACAGCUCACAUAUUAUUUGUGCCACAUGUUCUCAAGAUGUACCCGUGCCGUAUCAUAUCCAACACCCACGUAUUAUGCUCAUCUUGCAGCAUAUAGAGCCCGAGUCUACAUAGAAGGCCAAAGAAUACAGUUGGACAAAUUACCGGAAGAGCAAAAACGUAGGCGCAUCCAGGAUGUUAUCUGCAAAGAUUCACCUAUGUUCUUUGUGUAGGUGACUAAUAUAACAAAUAGCUAUAUAUUUAUCCCUUAAGUUCAUAACAUAACUUAAGCUAGUUUAGUAAUAUAAUAGAAUAAUAUAAUUGUUUGAAAUUUUCUAGCAUACGUAAAUAAGUGUAAAAUAUUAAAACUUAUGAGAAAUAUUUGCUUUUGCUAAAUGAGUAUAGUAGUCUUGUUUAUUCAACCUUUGCUUAUCUGACAUUCAGUAUUAUCCUACACUCUACUGCAAAAAUACAUAAAUCUGAAAAUUGCAAUUGUGAGGUUACUCAUAUUUUUUGUUGCUCCCAACACUUCUGCAACUAAUUAAUUUUUCUGUUUUGUUGUAAAACCUGAUUAUUAAGACUUUUAUGUGUAAUAUAAUAACUUAGUUUACUUUUAAUAGGUAGGUCUUUUCUUAACACCUCCCUAUUGUCUGACAUUUUUGCAUAGCCAACAUUCUGUGACCCAGUUUGUUAGAUAAGCGAGACUACUUGAAAAAAUAUUUCAGUAUGUGUUCCACAAAAAUGUACCUAAUUGUAUUUUUUUUUAAAAAGUUAUGUUAUCUAAUUAAUUAUAAUUAUGUAAAAAUCACUGUAAAAAAAUAAAUUUUGAAAAUGAAACAAACUAAUGUGGAUGUUUCUAAAAACAAAAAUAUGGUUCGUUUUGAAACAAAUUCUUUAAAUAAUCAAACAGAAUGGUUAUUUUGAAUAUUUUGAGCAUGUGUAUGUGUGUGUGUAAUUUUAACACUUUUUUUAAAGGGUAAAGCAAGUUUUAGAAUUAGAGUGCUUAAAUAUUGAUUACUAUUAAAAUUAAACAUACUACUAACAAAUUAGUGUAUUUGUUCUAUCUAGGCUUGUAGGUAUUAAUAAAGUUUAGUUGGUGUGUCAGGUAUAUUGUUUGCAGUGAUAAUAAAAUAGAAUUUGCAAGGUUAAAAUAAAUUUGGUCUAUAAUUGUGUUGUAUGUGUGUCUAUUCCAGCUUUGCUAGCAUUUUUUUUUUUAAUAAUGUGCGUUUUAAGGCAAGACAAGUCUGGAAAAAAAGCUAUUGUAACAUUAUAUGUAUGUGAAUGACGCCAGUUAUUUAAAUAGCUGUGUUAUGGGGAAAAAUAUGUAGAAACAGUAAAUUUUCUGGUAUCAUAUUGUUCAAUAUUAUUUUGUAAAUUAUGAUAACAUUUAGGCUGGUAGCAGUAUAGUGAAAGUAACAUGAUUCAUUUAUCUUGAUCUGAAUACUUUAUUACUGCACACUUACAUUCACACUGCCCAUUCUCCAGCUUGUUCGUUAAAACAAAAAAAACAAAAAGCACACAUAUCAAAAAGCAUGUGACAAAAAACCAAACAUAACAGAACCAAAUAUACCAACUACAAAACAAAAUAGUAGAUAAAUUGUCAUUUCAACACCCCUCCUCAAUUUAUCAUAAACAAUACAUAUAUUUUUUUUUCAGUUUACUACACUCAUUCCCAAGUUCUUCCGAUGCCUUGCAAAUGGAUUGUUUGCCAAUCCUUUGGUCAAAAUAUAUGCUUUCUGAUCCUCUGAUGGUACAUACCUUACAGAAAUUACAUUGUUGUGACACAGAUCCUUCACAAAGUUGUAUUUAACAUCAAUAUGUUUCAAACGGUUCUGUUCCCAAUUUCCCAGAGCACAUAUGCAGGAUUGGUUGUCCUCAAACAUGGUAACUGGCCCGCUACACUCAACACCUAGCUCCUUGAACAAUUGCAUCAGCCAGAGAAGCUCUGAGGUAGCUGAAGCGAGAGCAACAAACUCGGAUUCAGUUGUAGACAAAGCAACUGUUUUCCGUUUCCUAGUUGCCCAACAAAUAACAUCACCAUACAUUUCGAACAGAAAACCUGUUACAGACUUUCUGUCAGAUCGAUUGGCAAAGUCAGCAUCAACAAACCCUACCAAUGGUACAUGAUUGUUCCCUCUGUACCACAGUCCCCAAUUCAAAGUCCCCUUCAGGUACCUCAGCACUCUCUUUAGGCCUACCCAUUGCACCUCAAUAGCAUUCGACUGAAACUGGCUGAAAAAAUUUACAGCAACACUAAUAUCAGGUCGGGUAGUGAGAGAUGCAUACAUGAGGCUACCUAUCAACUCCCUGUAGGGUUUCACAUGAAUGAUAGACUCUUUAGUAACAUCCUGUAUAGGUUGUAAUUCUAAAGGUGUUUGCACAGGCUUACAAUGUUCCUUUUGAAAUUUACUUAACAACUGCAAGGUAACUAGUUUGGCUCAAAAACAUUGUCUGAUCUACACGCUCUACUUUAAUGCCUAGAAAGUAUUUAACUUCUUUCAAAUCUCUCAUCUUAAAUUCUGACAUGAAUUGCCUUUUCAGUACUUCAAUUUUAUCAAGUGAGCUACUAGCAAUUAAAAAAUCAUCAACAUAGAGUAGCAAGUACACAACACAACUAUCAUUAUACGUAUAAACACAUUUGUCUGCUUGACUCUGUAUAAAACCAAGAGACUUCACAUACAGAUCAAACCUUGAGUUCCAUUCCUUUGGUGCUUGUUUUAAACCAUACAAAGUUUUCUUUAACCUCAAAACCAUGCCAUCCUUGACUUGUACCCCAUCUGGUGGAUACAUGUAAAUUUCUUCUUUCAAUACUCCAUGAAGGAAGGCAUUCUUAACAUCCAGUUGAUGGACAUGUAAAUCAUGAUGGUUUGCCAAAAAGAACAGGGUUCUCACUGUAGUGAGCCUCGCAACAGGAGCAUAAGUGUCACUAUAGUCAAAACCCUUCAACUGUGCACAUCCCUUAACUACUAACCUAGCUUUGUACCGUUCCAAGUUCCCAUUCUGGUCAUGUUUCACCGUAAACACCCAUAGACUAUUAAUUGCUUUCUUUCCCUCUGGUAGUCUUACCUCCUCCCAUGUCUCACUUUCUACUAAGGAUUUCACUUCCUCAUUAACUGCAUUCAACCAGCAAUUUCUGUCACUUCGGUCUUUCAGUUCUUCCAUACUCUGUGGAAAUCCCUCACAAAAAGCAAUAGUACUCAGUGCCAUGUUUACAUUAUCUACAGUGGAUGCUGUAACUAAAACUUCUGGUUUCUCUAACCCCUCCUGAACUUUCCUUUCUUUAGACCUGGUUCCUUUCUUUAAUCCACUUACAAUAUAAUUCUUUUAAGUACCCCGGAGCAUUCCUCACACGUACCUCAAUUUUCUCAUCACUUAAUUCUCUAAAUCCCUGACAACAUUCCUGUUCUCCCUCUGACUCUCCAUCAUUACCACUUCCCACAACUCCUUGUGAAUCUACUAGUUUUUCAUUCUCUUGUGAGGUUUUCUCACUUCCCACAUCUUCCCAUUCAUGAUCCCAAUACCCUUUCUCAAAUUGAUUUUUAGUUUCAUUAAAUUUGACACUACUUGCAACAAUUAUCUUAUUCAGUUCCGGACACCAUAACCUGUACCCGUUAUCACAAUACCCCAACAUAAUACAUUUACGACUAUGUGAGUAAAACUUUCCGUUUCUCUCACUCUCUACUUUGUAAGCAAAUGCUAUGCAGCCACUCGCAAUUUAUUGAGACCCGGCUUUCUCCCAUACCAUAAUUCAGCCGGUAGUUCUCCAUCUGACAAGGCUGUGGUAGGACUCCUAUUAAUCAAAUACACAGCGGUUAAAACUGCUUCUAACCAAAAACUUUUAUUUAGUUUAGAACCAAGCAUCAUGCACCGCGCCUUGUCCAGAAUAGUACGAUUCAUGCGUUCGGCUACCCCGUUUUGUUCUGGAACUCUAGGAAUAGUCAACUCGUACUUUAUACCCUUUUCUUCAAAGAAGGCAUUUACCUCAUGAUUAACGUAUUCCCUUCCAUUAUCACACCUGAAGCAGCAUAUUUUUUGCGAGAAUCUAGAUGAAGCCAUAGCCUCGUAUAAUUUAAUAUAAUGUAAUACUUCAUCUUUGGACCUCAACCCGAAUGCAACAGUGAAAUGAGUAUAGUCAUCAAUAAAGGUUAAAAUAUAUUUCUUCCCAUCAUGGGAGCUAGGUGAUAUUGGACCACAUAAGUCACUGUGAAUUCUCUCCAAAGGCCUCUUUGCUCUUUCCCUAGUCUGAUUAUGGGACCCUGCAGUCUGUUUCCCUUCAAUACAGAUUGAACACAUGUCAGUUUCCUCCUCAAUCUUAUCAAUAUCAUUAACCAUCUUUGAAAGCUUAUGCAAAUUUUGAUUACCAAUAUGACCGAGCCUUGCAUGCCACAAUUUACCAGUACCCUUUACUGAACACGUAUUAACUUGAUUUCUGUACAUUUACACACAUUUUAUACAAAUUUCUUUCUCUGUUUCCAACCAUAACAACUCUCUUGCCAGCAACAAUAGUACAUUUACCCUUGUCAAAUACCACUCUACACCCUUUGCUUUCUAACCUUGAAACAGACAACAGAUUAUAAUUUAGAUUUUCUACUAACAAAGCAUCUUUAAUUAUAAACUUCCUGAGUUCUCCACUUACUUGUGUUUCAGCCAAUACAUCACCCAUCUCUUUUGCAAUUAAGAAAACUUUUGAUUUGGCCACACCUAUUGAAACUGGUGAACUUAUUUUUCUUCGGUUUGCUACAGGAGUUUUUGCCAUUACGAGAUGAUCUGUUGCUCCUGAAUCAAGCACCCAAACCUCUUUUCCACUCUGGCCAUAUUGUGAUGCACAACACCCAUUUGUCGACACUACAAAACUAUACACUGAUUCUUCACGCUUAUCUUCUUUUUUUACAAGGUGUGCAUUCCUUUGUGGAGUUCCAUUUCCUCCUCCCGGUUUAUUACAUUCAUAUCUCUUAUGCCCUGUAAUCCCACAGUUAUGACACUUAUAAGGAAAUUUGGCUUUCAAAUUAGUAUUCCCAAAAGAUCCACUGCUUCCUGGUCUAGGACCAGUUCCAGGAACAUACCUUGUUCCUGAGAAUGCCACGGGUUGAAAAUCAUGUCGAGUUAUUUCCUUUCCUCUCCUUACGAGCAGUUUCAUAUUCUUCUAAUCUCUGUUUAACAAACUCAAGAGAUAAAUUACCAGCACCAAGUGUUUGUAGACCUGACACAACUCCUUCCAACUCUUCGGGCAUUGUUAAUAAAAAUUUUAUAACAAUUCCCUCUUCAUCCAACUUUUCACCUGUAGUCUUCAACUCUUGAACCAAUUUAUCAAAUUUCAAGCAGUAUUCACUGAAUGUUUCAACAGAUGGUCUGUACUUGAGCGUAUGUAGUUUUUUGUUUAGAAUCAUCCUGCUGGUUACCCCUUUCUUCUCAAAACGUUUCACUAGACUGGUCCACACAUCAUAUGCAGUAGGCUUGCCUUUAACGUGUUCCAAUUGGCUGUCGUGUAUCCUUUGAAUAAUAAAGUUUUUACACUUCUUAUCUUUACAUAUAACUUCCAAAAAUCCUUUUUCUUAGAACUUUUAACAUCUUGAUCAUCUCCAUCUACCACAGUACAUGGACCCUACCAUUCGUCCAAAGGCUUCCCUAAAUGAUCGAGCACUUCCUUUUCAUCCAGGAACACCUCCAUUCGAAACUUCCAGUCGUCAAAGUUGUUCCCAUCAAACAAUGGUAUUCUAAAUUUAUCUUCUUCCAUUCUGCCGACUGAACAGACUGUGUCUGCCGACACGUGCUGAGAUAACCUCUCUUCAGUAUUCACUAUUCCAACUGUCCUUUCCACUGCCUACUACCACCUGGGCCCAUAACCUGAUAACAUUUAGGUUGGUAGCAGUUUAGUGAAAGUAACAUGAUUCAUUUAUCUUGAUCUGAAUACUUUAUUACUGCACACUUACAUUCACACUGCCCAUUCUCCAGCUUGUUCGUUAAAACCAAAAAGAAAAAAACAAAA